AUUCGUUUUUAAACGUAAAAAGCGAUACGACCGUCGUUCAACGUUUUGUGUUUACUAUUUUAUAAUAAUUUAUAGCAGUUUAACAAUUGUUUAGAUAUAUAAAAGAAAAAUUGCAACUCGUCUGCGAGUCCGUGAAACUUACUCCAAUAGCGCAUAAUAUUUCGAAUAUAAAUUUUCUAGUUUUGUUUUCCCUACGUACUUAUUGAACAAUAUGGAUUCCGACCUUUACGACGAAUUCGGCAACUAUAUUGGCCCCGAACUGGAGUCCGACGAAGAGGAAGAAGAACAACCGCCGUCUCCCGAGCCCGAACCGCAGGACAUUGAUAUGAUCGAAGACGGUGACGACGGACCCGAAGAACCCGGUAUGAGUGUAGUGUUACACGAAGACAAACGGUACUAUCCGUCUGCAGUCGAAGUUUACGGUCCCGAAGUGGAGACGCUAGUUCAAGAAGAAGAUGAACUGCCACUGACUGUUCCACUGAUAACGCCGGUUAAACAGCAUAAUUUUCAAAUCAAAGAACAGCAUCUGCCAAACACAACUUAUAACAUGGAGUACUUGGCCGACUUAAUGGACAUUGCCGGGUUAGUUCGAAAUGUUGCCCUACUUGGCCAUCUUCACCAUGGUAAAACGAGUUUAGUAGAUUGUUUGAUUCGACAAACCCAUCCAGAUUUGGGACAACUUCACAUGGAUGCGGCCGAUGCCGAUUUAAUGCGGUAUACAGAUACAUUGUUGACUGAACGUCAAAGAGGUGUCAGCAUUAAAGCAACUCCUGUGACGUUAGUAUUACCUGACGUCAACUCAAAAUCGUAUUUAAUGAAUAUUUUCGAUACGCCAGGACAUGUAAACUUUUCCGAUGAAGUUACGGCAGCACUUAGAAUUUGUGACGGAGCUGUUAUAUUUGUUGACGCAGCUGAAGGUGUUAUGUUGAACACUGAAAGAUUAAUUAAGCACGCUAUUCAAGAAAAAGUAGCGAUUACAAUAUGUGUAAACAAAAUUGACAGGCUAAUGUUAGAAUUGAAACUUCCGCCGCAAGAUGCUUAUUUCAAAAUUAAACACAUAAUCGAUGAAGUCAAUUCUUUGCUAAGCUUGCAUUCUCAAAACGAUCCUUCUCGGGUGGUUUCUCCGGUAAUAGGAAAUGUUUGUUUUGCUUCAUCGCAGUAUGCUGUUUGUUUUACAUUAAAAUCAUUUGCUAAACUGUAUGCCAAUCAUUAUCCAGGCGUUAAGGUUGAUAGUUUCGCUAAAGUUUUGUGGGGAGAUGUGUACUUCAAUCCCAAAACUAGGAAAUUCACCAAGAAGUCUCCACACAACAGCGCUCAAAGAAGUUUUGUGGAAUUCGUGUUGGAACCAAUGUACAAAUUGUUUGCCCAAGUAAUAGGCGACGUAGACACUACUCUACCCGACGUUCUGGACGAGCUCGGGAUUAAGCUGACCAAACGUGAAAUGAAUAUUAAUAUCCGACCGCUGUUGAGACUUGUUUGUGGACGAUUCUUGAACGACCUCAGUGGCUUUGUGGACAUGUGCGUCAAUCAUAUUCCUUCGCCGGCCGACAAUGCCAAAAACAAAAUCGACACAAUCUACACAGGACCGCAAGACACGCAGCUCGCAAGAGACAUGCUCGAUUGUAACCCAGACGGUCGUCUGAUGGUGCACAGUACCAAAAUGUAUCCCACCGAUGACUGUACAUUCUUUCAAGUGAUGGCGCGAGUAAUGAGUGGUACUCUGCACGCUGGCCAAGAAGUGAAAGUCUUGGGAGAAAACUACUCGUUAGUCGAUGAAGAAGAUUCUCGAGUGAUGACAAUUGGAAGACUGUGGGUACACGAGGCCAGGUACAAAGUCGAAGUAAACCGAGUGCCGGCUGGAAAUUGGGUACUGAUUGAAGGUAUCGAUCAGCCGAUUGUUAAAACGGCGACUAUUACUGAUCUGAUAACGACUGACGACUUGUAUAUAUUCAGACCAUUAAAAUUCAACACACAAUCGGUUAUAAAAAUUGCUGUCGAGCCUGUAAACCCAUCGGAAUUACCAAAAAUGUUAGACGGAUUGCGAAAAGUCAACAAGUCUUAUCCGUUGCUUGUGACUCGCGUCGAAGAAUCUGGCGAACACGUUAUUCUCGGUACUGGUGAACUAUAUUUGGAUUGUGUUAUGCACGACCUGCGAAAAAUGUACUCAGAAAUAGACAUAAAGGUUGCCGAUCCAGUUGUUGCUUUUUGUGAAACUGUUGUCGAUACAUCGUCGUUGAAAUGUUUUGCUGAGACUCCCAACAAACGUAAUAAAAUCACAAUGAUUGCGGAACCGUUAGAGAAAGGUCUCGCUGAAGAUAUUGAAAAUCAAAUUGUCGAUAUUUCAUGGGACAAGAAACGAUUAGGAGAAUUUUUCCAAUCGAAAUACGAUUGGGAUUUAUUAGCUGCUCGUUCUAUUUGGGCAUUCGGCCCAGACACUACGGGCCCUAACAUUCUAGUCGAUGACACAUUACCUUCUGAGGUCGACAAGAAUGUACUUAGGUCCAUAAGAGAUUCUAUUGUUCAGGGUUUCCAAUGGGGUACUCGAGAAGGACCGCUAUGUGAAGAACCUAUUCGAAACGUUAAAUUUAAAAUAUUAGACGCAGUCAUCGCUCCUGAGCCUUUACACAGAGGAGGUGGUCAAAUAAUACCAACUGCUCGUCGCGUCGCUUAUUCGGCAUUCCUUAUGGCGACACCUCGACUAAUGGAACCAUACUUGUACGUCGAGGUUCAAGCGCCCGCUGAUUGCGUGUCUGCUGUGUACACCGUGUUGGCCAAACGUAGAGGGCACGUUACUCAAGACGCACCUGUUCCCGGAUCGCCACUUUACACUAUUAAGGCUUUUAUUCCGGCAAUCGAUUCGUUUGGCUUUGAAACCGAUUUACGUACACACACUCAAGGACAAGCAUUUUGUUUGUCCGUUUUCCACCAUUGGCAGAUUGUGCCUGGCGAUCCAUUAGACAAAAGCAUUGUUAUCAAACCAUUGGAACCGCAACCGGCUACUCAUUUAGCUCGUGAAUUUAUGGUGAAAACUCGCAGACGAAAAGGUCUUAGCGAGGACGUUUCAAUCAAUAAGUUCUUUGACGACCCUAUGUUGUUAGAACUGGCCAGGCAAGACGUAUCUCUCAAUUAUCCCAUGUAAUAAUAAUUACGCUUUACUAUAAAAACUAUGUACGCAGUGUACUUGUACUUGACGAGUUUGGGUACACCUUAGCGCAAGAUGUAUAGAUUUAUAUGUUAUAAUAUGGUGUAUAUAUUUUGUUUUAUGUUAAAUAAAACAUAUUAUUAUCAUAAUAAUGAUAGUAAAUGUAAUUGUAUUAGUAGAUUGCUCUUUAUAAUAUCUGCAAACUUAUGUAAACAAACCAUUGUAUUAUAUAAAUAUAUAAAUAUUUCUUUUUUUAAA